CAUCCUGCGUCGGAGAUGUUCGGGAGGCGGCGGCGGGGUCAGAGGGUAAAGGCUGUUCACCCAGCAUCCUCGACUCUACCAUACACAGCCAUCUUGGAUCUGGAGGAGAACACAAAUUAAUGCGGUGACAAACAGCAUGUUUAAUGCUACAAGAAAGAAGUUUGCAGAGGGGGGCGAAAGCGACUACGCGGAUGACAGCAUGUACUACACGAAUUCGAUGUUCCCGCAUCGAUCGGAGAAAGACAUGCUGGCAUCCCCGUCGCCCUCAUCGUCAGGUCAGCUGUCCCAGCUUGGUGCCAGUUUAUACGGGCAGCAAAGUGCACUAGGCUUCCCAGUAAGGGGCAUGAGCAGCAACAAUCCUCAGUUAAACCGCAGCCAGCUAUCGAGCCAUGUGACCCCCACGACAGGCGUGCCCAGCAUGUCGCUCCACACUCCGCCCUCGCCCAGCAGAGGAAUCCUGCCCAUGAACACGAGGAACAUGAUGAACCACUCUCAGGUGGGCCAGGGCAUCGGCCUGACGGGCCGCACCAACAGCAUGGGCAGCUCAGGCCUGGGCAGCCCCAGCCGGAGCUCCCCCAGCAUCAUCUGCAUGCCAAAGCAGCAGCCGUCACGGCAACCCUUCACCAUCAACAGCAUGUCAGGCUUUGGGAUGAACAGGAACCAGGCGUUUGGCAUGAACAGCUCCAUCUCCAGCAACAUCUUUAACGGGACAGACGGGAGUGAAAACGUGACGGGCCUGGAUCUAUCAGACUUUCCGGCGUUAGCGGACAGAAGUCGACGGGAAGGGAGUGGCAACCACACCCCGCUGCUAAACCCGCUAGCUGGGAGAGCACCUUACGUCGGCAUGGUCACAAAGCCAUCGAACGAGCCAUCCCAAGACUUCUCCAUCCACAACGAGGACUUCCCUGCACUGCCAGGUGCCAACUACAAGGACCCCACGUCGAGUAACGACGACAGCAAAUCGAAUCUAAACUCAUCAGGCAAGAAUUCAUCUAGUACAGAUGGGCCUAAAUUCCCUGGAGACAAGAGCUCAACAGCACAGAACAACAACCAGCAGAAGAAAGGGAUCCAGGUGUUACCGGACGGCCGGGUAACGAACAUUCCCUCUGGGAUGGUAACGGACCAGUUUGGGAUGAUCGGACUUUUAACGUUCAUCCGGGCGGCAGAGACGGACCCUGGGAUGGUGCACUUGGCAUUGGGCAGCGACUUGACAACACUAGGACUCAACCUCAACUCUCCCGAGAAUCUGUACCCCAAAUUCGCCUCUCCGUGGGCAUCAGCGCCGUGUCGACCUCAGGAUAUCGACUUCCACGUUCCAUCGGAAUAUUUAACCAACAUUCACAUAAGGGAUAAGCUGGCUCAGAUAAAGCUGCCACGGUAUGGAGAAGACCUGCUGUUCUACCUGUACUACAUGAACGGAGGAGACCUCUUGCAGCUCCUGGCAGCGGUGGAGCUCUUUAAUCGGGACUGGAGGUACCACAAAGAGGAGCGAGUGUGGAUCACGCGGGCGCCCGGCAUGGAGCCCACUUUAAAGACCAACACCUACGAACGGGGAACAUACUACUUCUUCGAUUGUCUUAACUGGAGGAAGGUGGCAAAGGUAAAGGAGUUUCACUUGGAAUAUGACAAGCUAGAAGAGAGGCCCCACGUUCCGUCGACCUUCAACUACAACCCCGCGCAGCAGGCCUUCUGAGGGACGGCCCCGCUCGGGGGGUGUGGCUACCCCGGCACGGCACCUGCCAGGCCCUUGGCCUUCGGUUUUUAUUCCUUGAGGAUGUGGCAAUUGAUUUAGGCAGAGAGGGGUCUCCAA